GUUACUGAAAGUGCUGUAUACAUGUUCCACGACAAAGUGAUGCAUUGUGGGGAAGUUAUAUACUGUUACGUUUGACAUUGAAGUGAGGUGGUAAGGAACUGUAGGUCAUUAUAUUUGGUCUGUGAGGCGAGGCCAGGGAAUACAGGCUACUUCUGGAAGGAUGGGUGCCACAGCUUCAAGUUCUACAGUUCAGCCAUCAACUGUAACAGCAGCACAGCAUGCCGCAACCCCGCCACCUGGGUGCCCAAUGCAUCAAGACAGUCAACCAGCUUCCCCACCAUCAGGAUGCCCAAUGCACCAAGCUGCUGGGUCAACCCCACCAGAGCAGAACAGGGGUCCCCCAGUCCCAGCGCACCAGGAGAGGGCCUAUGAGUUUGUGGAAUGCCCAAUGAAGGCAGCGGCUGGUGGAGACAAAAUGCCUCAUGACAUCGACCCAGCAAACAUGAUGCCCCCUCCAAACCAGACACCAGCCCAGGACCAGCCUUUUUCCCUGCCUGUGAACAGAGAAGUGUCCACUAUUCCCAGGGCUGGUUCAGAUAAAAAAUGGGUCUACCCAUCUGAACAGAUGUUUUGGAAUGCAAUGCUGAGAAAGGGGUGGCGCUGGAAAGAGGAUGAUCUUGGUCCUCAAGACAUGACCAACAUUAUCAAGAUUCAUAACCAGAACAAUGAACAGGCUUGGCAGGAAAUAUUAAAAUGGGAAGCCCUUCAUGCUGAGGAAUGCCCAUGCGGACCAUCUCUGGCUCGGUUUGGAGGCAAAGCUAAAGAAUUCUCACCAAGAGCCAAAAUACGCUCAUGGAUGGGGUAUGAACUGCCUUUUGACAGACAUGACUGGAUUGUCAACCGCUGUGGAAAAGAAGUGCGAUAUGUGAUUGAUUACUAUGAUGGAGGAGAAGUUGAUAAACAGACCUAUCAGUUUACUAUCCUUGAUGUCCGCCCAGCUUUGGACUCUCUUGGGGCUGUUUGGGAUAGAACGAAAGUGGCUUGGUGGCGCUGGACUUCAUAAUUCUUCAAUAUGUAUUAUAGAUAUCAUUCAUAUCCUGGACAGAAGAAAAAAAAAAAAAAGUAUAACAUAAAUACUGUAAUUGGCUUUUACUUACAUUAUAUAUUGUUUAAAAAAAAUCAAAACAUGGGGAAAAAAAAAACCCCAGAACUUUCUCUUUUUAAAGGGUUUCUUAAUAUAGACUUUUUGGGUUUAUAAAUGUAUAUCUGUCUGUGACUAUUCCACCCAGCAGCAUAAGAGCUCAAUAAAAGUAGGGUUCUGAUUACUCCGAUUGGACUUUAAGAUCAUAGCCUCUUCUGUUACAGAAUUUGCCCACCUGUGGUGUUUGCUAAGUUAAAAUCUCAAUCAAGAAAUAAUUCCAAAUGUUUCCACAUGGUGGAUGGCUCUGCACUGCUGGCAGUGGACUGGGACUGAAUGCUGAGCAAGAUCUAGUUGGGCAAGACAUCCACAACCUCUUGUCCAGCCAUUUGAUUGUUGUAUUUAUUAAAUAUUUUAAAUGUAGAUUAAAAAAAAAAAAAAGGUUAGAUAUUUAAACUUUUUUUUGACAUGUCUGCCAGUGUAUUGCUGUUUAUUAAUUUCUGUUUUGUGACAAAUUGGUACAAUAGAGGUAUUUUGUACUGAUCGAAAAACAAACAAACACUGAACAAACGUACAGGCAACAGUUACUAAUAAAAACCUGCUCAUAAAUAUAAAUAAACUCAAAUGUUGUCAAUGCUCCCAUUUGUCUGUUUGGGGUUCGUAUGCGUUCAGGGUAAAAAGCUGAAUAAAUAAUAAUCAUUAA